CUCCGCGGGGCUGGAGGGGCGGGAGGGCCACGCUCCGGCCGCGGGCGCUGCGCGGGAGACCAUGUCCGAGGGCAGGAGCUGCAGCCAGACCCCAAGCCGGGCCAUCCCCGCCACUCGCCGGGUGGUCCUCGGCGACGGCGUGCAGCUGCCGCCCGGGGACUACAGCACCACCCCCGGCGGCACGCUCUUCAGCACCACGCCGGGAGGUACCAGGAUCAUCUACGACCGGAAAUUCCUGAUGGAGUGUCGGAACUCACCUGUGACCAAAACACCCCCACGGGACCUGCCCACCAUUCCCGGGGUCACCAGCCCUGCCACUGAUGAGCCCCCCAUGGAAGCCAGCCAGAACCACCAGCACAGCAGCCCAGAAGAUAAGCCGGCAGGGGGUGAAGAGUCCCAGUUUGAGAUGGACAUUUAAAGGACCAGCCACUGAAUCGGGCAAUGCCUUUUGGGCCCCUCUGGCCCUUCUCAGGAGAAGAGUCACACCAGCCAGGCCUUACGAAAGUUACUGUCCUGGGCAGGCUUUGGGUGUGGGGUCGGUGCCCUGGCCCUCUGCUCCCUCACUCAGGGCACCUGCUUCCCCUUCCUGUUCGUGAACACCAGCAGAUACCUCCAUGUGCCUCCAUUCGUGCAGAAGCUGCCACCCGAAGGGGAUGACUCGGAGCCCACCGCACAGCCCAGGGCCAGAGAGGGGAUAUGGAGGAGCCCGCCAGUGAUCAUCCAGCUCUUCCAGCCCCGUCCUCUGGGGAUGCACCCACCCCUUCCUUCGGCCGGUGUGGUGGGAAAGCUGCCCUCCCCCUCCCUCCCCAACAGAGGAAAUAAAAGCCACCUUCGCCCUAGGGCCAAGA